GAGGAUUUGUUUUGAUCGUGUAUUGGGUUCAGAUUGUUAGAGUCAAUUGUUUGUUUAAUUGUGUUUUUUCUGCAAAUGUGAAAAAGUGUUGUAUUAUUUUUGAUAAUAUCAAUGACUAUUUUUCGAAUGUGCUGAUUCAUUUCAUACAUUAUCAUUUGGAUCCAUUGAACUAAUCUCCAAACAUCCCACGAUGGAUCAAACUCUACCAUCCUUGCAGCAGGUAAUGCCUUGCCGAAAUAUUCAAAUCGAACAACUUUAUAAUCUGUUUGCAUACAAAGACGAACCCUACGUAGAAGCGGUCUUCGUUUACGGCGGACCGAGCACGGGAAAAUCAAUGGCGGUUACAUCACUGCUGGAAAAGCUCGAAAUAAAGUACGCCGUCGUGAACUUGAUAGAAUGCUACUCGUCGAAAAUCUUAUUCGAGUCCAUUCUCAACAAGCUAUCCGCUCACAAAAUGGACCCUAACAAUCCACAUCCCUAUGCACGAUGUGACAACAUGAUGGACUUUAUAUCACAAUUGCAGAAAUGCUCCAGGGAGAAUAGCCUCGAACGAUCCGUACUUGUACUGGACAAAGCAGAAGAACUCAGGAAUAUGGAAUUCAACUUAUUAGCGGGAUUUUUGAGACUCAGAGAACUGUGUGGUAUUUCCGUCAGCGUAGUUUUCAUAUCGGAGAUUGUUUUCGAAAAAUAUUAUGCGAGAAGCAACAUUGUCGAACCUUUGAAAAUUUAUUUUCCACAGUAUAAAAAGAAUGAAUUAUUAGAAAUCCUCUCUAUGGACAUUGAAAACGCUAGAGAAAUGAUUGCUCGUUACUCAAACGAGUUCUUAGACUUCGAUUUGAGUUUCUACCAGAAUUACUUGAACGCUUUCUUGUCGGUAUUCUACCGCGCUUGUCGGGACUUAUCGGAACUUCGACACAUGUCCAGAGUUAACUUUGUGAAAUAUUGUCAACCCAUCAUUAAUAAAGAGUACACCAUUAACGAUAAUAUGGCCUUGUGGAGGAACAUUUCUGGCGUGCUGAAAGCUUCGUUGGAAGUUUUGUACUUAAGAGUAGAUCCAACAACUGACAUCGAGGACUCUCCGAAAACUUCAUUACCCAAAGAUAACGCCGCACAGACUUUGGAACUUCCUUUUUACGCAAAAUAUCUAUUGAUAGCAGCCUAUUUAGCUAGUUACAAUUCCGCCAAAGAUGAUAAGAGGCUUUUCAUGAAGUAUCAUGGAAAAAAGACUAAAAAGAUGAAGGAUAUUAAGUUGAAAAGUAAAGUGAGUGAGCGGUUGAAUACUCAGCUUGGACCGAAACCUUUCACUUUCGAUAGAUUGCUAGCAAUUUUCUACUCAAUUUUGGAUGAAAAUGUUGGCUUCAAUAACAACUUAUUAGUACAAGUUUCCAGCUUAGUUGAAUUGAGGCUUUUGUCUUGUGUCUCCGAUUCUUGUUUUCUGGACGGUCAAAAAUACAAGUGUAAUGUGAACUUCGAUUUCAUACAGAAUAUAUCGAAAAUGGUGGGAUUUCAAAUCAGAAAAUAUUUGAGUGACUUCAGUCAUAUUUGAAUAGAAAUUUCGAUUUUGUAAAGGGUUAAUAAAAUUAUUUUCAUAUAAAA